AUGAAUAAUAUAUUACAGACUACUUCAGUUCGAGGUUUAACUACAUCAUUAACAUUAGGAUCAGUGGUUUUAGAACUGUUUAAUCUUAGUGAGAUUUUGGAUUUGAAUUUCUCAAAUGCUUCGGUAACUCCAUUGACUCCUUCAUCAAUAGUAUUUUUCGUUCGUCAAGAUCGUAAAGAUAAAAACCGUACAGUUAAAGUUUUUGAUGGUAAUGGUGAUCAAGUUUAUUCAUUUGAAAGACUAAGUACAUUUAACCCCAUUUGGAGAAUGUUAAAUUGGCCCCAACGUCAAGAAGUGGCAACUUUAAAAAUUGGAUUAAUUGAUAGAUCAAUAAAUUUCCACAAUAAAUCUGAUUUCAAUCAUCGACUGAUUUUUGGUGACUGGGGGAUAAAUGGAAGGUAUAGAUCAUUUUAUCUUAAUGAUGGUUGUAAAUAUUCCUGGUCAUCAUCGACUAAAUGUUUAGAAAAAGUAAUUAAUCCAAAUGGUGGAUUGGAAGAGAAAAGAUCUCGAGUAGCUAAAGUUAAAUUAAUGAGACAAUUCAAGUUAGAUUUUGAAGUUUUAGUGGAUAAUGUAAAAGUUGACCCUGAAAUUGUCUUAGCAACAGCUUUUAUUAGUAUAUUUACCCAAUGGGGCGUUGGAAGCUUUACCGAUACUGUUGGACCUACUUAUAUACCUGAAAAAACUACAAAUAGAUUGGAAACUAUCAAUGAAAAUAAUGAAGACGAAUUGCAAAAAUGA